AUGUUGCCCUGUGAUGUGCUUUCAGUUUUCCUUUUGGCAGCUCUGACCCCUUUCGCUUCUGCGUCGACGGGUGCUCCUCAAACAAAUGCCCCAGUUGUGGUCGUCGAGGAAGAGGUGAUCAUCGGUGUGGGUAACGUGGACGUCCGCUGCUACACCUGCGACAACGUGUAUGAUAAUGACGAGUGUAACGGUGUGCAUCUGGGAGGGAACGGCACACUAACCCAGUGCACCCAGGAGCGCUCCAACUGUUUCUCCAUCCUCAAGAUGAAUUCGGCCGGUGACGGCUACACAACUCAGAAGGGCUGCAUGGAUUGGGACGAGUGCUACGACAGGUUCUACGAGAUGAUGGCAGACCCCAUCGUAGGUGGCGAGUGCAUGCGCAUCACCGUUAUGGACCACGACAACGUCGCGCCCGACGCGGAGUGCUUCUUUUGCUGCUUCUCAGUCGAAGGCGGGUCCCAAGACGCCUGCAACCACGCCAUGGGAGUCCAGUACCUUGCCCUUCCCGAGACCAACAACUGGGAUCCGUCCGUGGACAAGUGGGAGGGCCACGAGCCGGUGGAGAACACGGUGGCUCCAGACGUCACCGAGGGCGCAGAGGCAGUUGCCCGUCCUCUGGCCACAGUCAUCGGUCUGAACGUACUCUUGUUAUACGUUCUUCUCGCUUAGCACAACUUUAUCCAUUUAAUCAGCUGCAGAGACAUAACCCAUCCGGCAG